AUGAGUACUGAUUUUGAUCCAUUGGAUGAUAUUUUUGCUGAUGAAGUAGGAACGAAGACGGCCAAGGCAGUAGGAAAGUUCCAGCCAAAGGCAAAGUUCCGGCCAACUAAAAAGGGACCUGCUUCUACUUCAGUUCAUACUUCACAAGCAGUUCAAAACCAUGAUUCUACACAAAAUAAAUUUACUGAGCCUGAUGUGACUGCAAAGCCAUCAGAACCUUUGGUUUCAGGGUCUGAUGUUGCCCCUCACGACAAUGGAGGCUGGCAUGCUUCCAUGGAAAAGUCGACUGGAGUGAAUCCUGAUGUAUUUAUUGGGUUGGAUGCUCUUGGUGAUUUUCUUUCUCCAACUUCUAUUGAUGAGGAGGUGGCUGCUUUUACUGAUGCCAAUCCUCAUUCUUAUGUUGAGGGCUCAACUUAUGCAUGUAAGGGGGAUAGUGUUCCCAUGCAUCCUAGCACGUCACAAUGCAUUAAUUCAUUUACUGCUGGCGAGCCUAUUGGUCUAAUCAGUGAUGUACGUGAUCCAUUACACACUAGAGAGUUGGAUAGAGAGGAAAUUGAUUAUGCAGAUAAGGAUUCAACUGCCACAUUUCAACAGGAUGAUGUUCUUGAUUUCUCAUCGAUUGAUUUCACUAGUUCCUCACCCCGUGAGCCUGCUUCUGAUCUUCCUUCGAAUGAAGAGUCUAUGAAUCCUAUGGAGACAGUUAAUUUGGAUUCUGGCAUCCAUUCGGAGGGUGUGAAUGAGAUUCCUGCAAAACUUGCUUCUCGCCGAGCAAAGACACUAAGUAGUGGUGCUCAUAUUGCACAAGAUCCUUCUUCACAGCAGCCAGAGCCUUCUCGUGAUAGUCAUGAUAAUGGGUCUGGUAGAUCAUUACGUCCAAGAAAAAACAAAAUAAACUUUUGUGAAUUAGUGGAUGAGGAUGAAGGCCUCCAUAGCGUGGAGUUGUCUGAAGAAUGUCUUGUCAGCUCUCCUACAGAGGAGGAAAACAACAAUGAGGAGGAAGUUCAAGCAGAAAGUGAAUUAAAAAUGAAAAAAUCGAAGUCAGAGUCUGGAAAAACCAAUGAUGAUAAAGAAAAACCUGCCAAAAAACGGAAGAAGGCCAAGGAGGCAUCAGAUCAAGAUACGGGUGCAAAGCCUAAAAAGUUUUCCCAUUCUACUCGGCGAAAGCGAGUGGUGGACAAGGCUUUGCUUGAAACUCCUGAAGAUGAGAUUGACUACCAGAAGGUGCCUUUAAGAGAUUUAAUUGCACGUGCUGAGCAUCAGGAGAAACAGAUGAAAAAAAAUGAAGCAGAGGCAGGAGCACCAGGCACCAAACAAAGUAAUGGUAAUUCUUCAGGUUCUUAUAAUGAGGAAGGGACGUUUAUUUCUAAGCAAGAUGGAGAAUAUAAUGAUGAAAAAGGAAGUCCUAUAGCUGAAGAUACCACUGAGUUCUUCAAUUACCAGACGUACAUGGACAAAACACCAAGCACAAGAUGGUCAAAACAGGACACAGAGUUGUUCUAUGAGGCUGUGAGGCAGUUCGGGACAGACCUUUCUAUGAUAGAGCAACUUUUUCCUGGCCGAACCCGGCGACAAGUAAAGCUGAAGUACAAAAAGGAGGAACGUCAGCAUCCGAUGAGGCUUCGUGAUGCUUUGACCAACCGUACUAAAGAUUAUUCCCAUUUCGAGAAAGUAAUAGAGCGCCUAAAGCAAAUUGGGGCUGAGGAAAAACAGCAUGGUGAGAAGGAUGACCCGAUAGAUCCUACUGGCAAUGAAGGAGGGGCAGAUGAUGGGACUACCAAUGCCAAUGAUGAAGAACCAAAAGGCGAGCGCACUCGAGAAGAAGAGAACAGCGAUGUUGCAAAUGACACUGUUGAAGCCCAGAGCCCUUCGAAGUCCGAUGGUGGUGAUGAUGAUGAUUUGUUCAUGUGGAGCCAAUACACGAGUUCCUGA